AUGGGGCUGGUGACCCUCUCGCACGUGUACAUGCUGUGCAAUGACGUUGUGUCAAAAAGAAACCACACGAUCAAGCCACGGAUCGUACUUCCGGAGAACUAUGUUAAAGAAGUGCGACCCCCUGCUAGAAAAGGCCAACCGGUGAUAGUAGAAUUCAGUAUAUACGUCGUAGACGUCAACUCUAUCAAUGUUGAAGACAUGGAUUUUAGAGUGGACAUGUUCAUAAGACAGACAUGGAUCGAGAGCCGGUUGCAACUUCCCGAAGACAUCUUCGAAGAAGGUGAUGACCACGUGACCCUGCCACCGGAGUUCUUUGACAACCUUUGGCACCCCGACCCGUACUUCCUCAAUUCUAAAGUCACAGAAAUAGCAGAGUUGACCCACAAGUUCUCGUCCGUCACUCUUUAUCGGAACCAGACCGUGCGCUACGCGGCCCGGAUGCACGCUAUAAUCGCUUGCCAAAUGGAAUUCCAGCUUUACCCCAUGGACAUACAGUCGUGCCCGAUUUACAUCGAGAGCUUUUCGUACAGUAACCAGAAAGUGAGGUUCCGUUGGAGCGAAGCCGGGGUAACCAUAAAUCCGGAGCUGAAGCUUCUGCAGUACCACAUCGGGGAACCACUGAGACUUGAGGAGACCAAUGGAUAUAUGAUUGAUAAGGACGGCAACUACUCAAGACUAGUAGUAUACUUCAGAUUCGAGCGACAGAUUGGUCACCAUUUGAUCCAAACGUUUGCUCCAUCAUCCCUGGUGGUCAUGCUAUCGUGGUUUAGUUUUUGGCUAGACUUGGACGCCAUUCCUGGUAGAGUGACCUUGUUGGUUACCUGCAUGUUGACUCUGGUAACCAUGUUUACUGGUUUGAGAGCUGAUAUACCGCCUGUGGCUUACGUAAAGGCCCUAGACUUAUGGAUGGCCGGGUGCAUGAUGUUCGUAUUCGCGGCGCUGGGAGAGUUCGUCGUGGUCAAGGUCCUAGACAAGCAGUAUCAGAUGAAUAAGAAUAAGGCGCAAGAAUCCUUGCCGAGAAUCAUUCCUGUGCGUCUCAACGGCGACAAAGGCUCCUGUGGCACAGUGGCAGCUUGGGAAGGUAGCGGCGUCAGGUGCCGUAAGGUCGACGUCAUGUCGCCCACAUCCCCACCUGCGGCCACCCCCGCCGUGCACCCCGCGCCCGCUGCAACCCCCCACCUGAUAGGGGUUGAGCGCCGACAGAGCAUUCUUCAAGUAGCUUGGCUGGACGCGGACACAGGUCAGGAGCGUGUGCUAUGGCGGGAGAUCGACAAGUUAUCGCGGGUCGUUUUCCCCGCUUUAUUCCUGCUCUUCGUAACUAUGUACUGGCCGGUGCUUCUACUGAAGACCAAGACCUCUUCAUAACACAAUCGAGUGACUUGGUAUCUGCGCUGAAACGCACAGUCUCAGGCUGGUUUUAGUGUCACGCGCAACGAUCCGCACGACCAGUUUGUAUUCAGAAGUUGAUUUUGUUGUCCGCGCGGGCCCGUCCGCUUUAGGUACUUUAAAAUGCUCCCUUCCCUGAUCUUAAUACCUAGGUACAUGUAAAUCUGGUGCGGAUCGCUCGGUGCGGUCGGACCGCGUGUGACACUAAAACAGCCUCAAUAAUUUUAUUGUAACAAUGUCAAUAUUUUAACAAGCUCGGCCGAAUUACGCCUUCUCAAACGGAGUUUCGUUCGCAUUUUAAAAUUAGGUGUUGGA